AUGCCGAGCAACAGAAUCCGCCCGCCAAAUUCAAACAGCUUUAGCUAUCUCGUCUGGAAAUUUAUAACUGUCAUGGAGAGCGAGUGGGGAUUUGCAAUUCUAGAGCCAUGGGAGAAGGCUAUGGUGCUAUCUCUUCUAUUAACAGUUUCUUCAAUUAUCCUCUUUUCCGUACUCUUUUACGCCCCCGCGCAGCUCCUCCGCCUCAAGACGAGACUAGCUUAUUACUUAUUCGGCAGCGACUCGUCGCAGAAAGAAAUUAUUGCUGUCUUUACCGAGUGGUCUAAUGUGAUUAGAGGCGUUUCCCAGCCUUAA